ACGAGAACCGCGCGCGGCGUGAGGAAUAUUGUCCGGAUAAUCCUUCCUUUCAAUCAAUUAGACGGAUUUUCCAUUCGACAAAUUGCCCGAAAAUUAUCCUUUUGGGCAGUCGCCUCGUUCGCGGUCCAGGCUCGGUUGUGAUUCGCGAUGUUCGUCUCUGUUCGCGUCCAGUUGUGUCCGAGGUGUCCAGUUUUUUGAUGCCCCCCGGCUCCAGUUGAGGAUUAACUGUCCCAAGUGCUCCAUAAAUUAUGUCCCCCCGCGCGGUGAAUUUCAUCUCGAAAAAUUGAUCGACUCCCGGUUUGUUUUCGCUUUUUAUUUUGCGCGGCGGUGUCCUCGGUUUCGAUUUUCGAAUUGGUGACUCCUUGUUCAGUGAUAAGGGUUCGAGAUCGAUUCGUUUGUUUAUGGACGAUUUCUGUGAUUUUGGUGCUUUUUCAUUCAUGACGGAUUAGUUGUUUUUUUGCGAAUUUGUUGUUUGUCCCGUGAAGUGAGAAUUACCCAACAGUUUAGUUCCAGUCGCCAGCAGUUUGUUUUUGGAGGUCAACGACACGUACUCUUAUCAGGAACCCACGUUACUUGCCCCAGUUUUUGCACGAAAGAUGUAGGAGUAGCGGAUUAAAUUGACUAACUACGACGUCUCUAGCUUGGACAAGGAAGGGCAUGGAGAUUUUUGGGGCGAUGGCGAGCAGCUACCUCAAGAGCCAGCCAGUUCUUCCUCCCCACCCACAGUUCCACGGCGCGGCCGUCCCCUACGGAUUAGCCCGUCUCGAUGCCGGGGUCGGCUAUCCACAAGCCUUGAAUCCUAGAAAACAGAGGCGAGAGCGGACGACGUUCACGAGGGCGCAGCUAGAUAUUUUAGAAUCCUUGUUCGCAAAAACUAGGUAUCCAGACAUAUUCAUGCGGGAGGAAGUGGCAUUAAAAAUUAACUUACCCGAAUCUAGAGUCCAGGUGUGGUUCAAGAACCGACGCGCCAAGUGCCGGCAGCAGCUGCAACAGUCAUCAAGCUCGAGCAAGUCCCGAAGUCACCACUCAUCGACAUCGAGCUCGUCGGCAGCGAGCGAGCACCGCAACCUAUCACACUCCUCGAGCGCCGCCUCCACGAACAUGACCAUCACGAGCACCGCCAGCAGCCUCAUGAAGGCCACGCCGACGACCACCGGCACGGCGUCGGCCAAGUCCAAGGCCUCCUUUCGCGAGGGCGUCAAGGAGGAGUCACUCCCCCUGGGGCAACUAGCCCCCGGAGAAGACAUGAUGCCCAAGGCAGAGGAGAAGAACGUCAAGUCCUCGCCGCUCACUUUCCCCGGGGGCCUCGGGGGCAUGACGUCACUUCCGGCCCCCGUCACCCCCGCCGGCUCGGCGCCCUCCUCCGUCAUGACCACCCCCUCGCCACCGCUCACCCCCGGCUCCUCCUCGAACGGCUACCAGCACGAGCUCAACGCCUACUGCUGGGGCUCCCCGCCCACCUCGACGCCGCCCAACACCUACCACCACCAGAACUACCCGUACUAUAGCAAUAUGCAGGAGUACUUCCCGCCGCCCCCAUCCACGUCCCACCAGACGGCGGCGGCCCCCGGCUCCAAGUUCCACCACCACCACCACAUGAUGCCCUACAACUCCUACUCGCCGAUCCCGGACCCCACCGGCCACUACCACCAUCACCACCACCACCAGGGCUACGCCGCCCACGCCGCCGCCCACGCCCACGCCCACGCGCCCGCCCACGCAGGGCACCACAUGCGCUUCGAACACGGCGAGCAGCACGAGUAUCUCACCCCCGAGAAGUACCCCAUACUUUAAGGCACUAUGUGGCCCCCAAAUCACUACGCUCUCGGGUUUUCACUGACCUCUUUAUGGCGUGCCUAAAGCGUCCUUAGAGCGUCCAGUUGCUUUUGCACGGGUAAAUUUUCCCUCCUCCUCCUCUAAAUACAGUAUAAAUCAAUGCGGGAGCACGUCUGAAACCAAAUAUUUUAAAUUUCUCGAAUUUCAGAACCUAAAAGCGUCUCCUUCGUCCGGUUGUGCACUGAAGUAAAGAGUCUUGGGAGCUCUCCACCGCUUCGAGUCAAUUCAGUUGGACCUGCCGUGGCAUCAAAAUUUCUCGUGGAAAAAGUAAAAUAUCUGAUUCCAAACGUCCAUAGCAUCACAACAUAAAAGAAAAGUUAAUCAGAGUGAUGAUCCGUUAAGCAGGACAGUUGAAAAUUACGUCAUUUGCUGUCAGGUAUUUGUUGACUACAAAUUUCUUUUUUUGAGUUUUCGGAAAUUACUAAGACGUCAUAUUGAAUGAGUUUAUGGUGGUAGCUCAGAGAUUAAGAAGACUAUCUCAUGUUACUUUGUAGUCAAUUCAAGCCUUCUGACACUAUGAUAGAGUCACUGGGCUUAUACUUUUAUUGAAAUUGUGGAACUAAUGUACCCGGAUACCCUGGCCGCAUGAAGAAACAUUACUAAGAAUUCAAAUUCAGCUCGUUAUUGAGUGAAUGAAUUCGAGACCAUUCCGAUCUCUUUCAGUAGCUGUUUAUAGACAACCUGAUCUCAGUAAGGGGCAGAUGCAAUGUUUUGGUUUAUCACGUUAUCUGUUUUAGGGACAAUAUACGCAGUGAAAUAAAAAUCUCGUAUGAGGUUGACAGGUCAAUUUUUUGUCUUGAAUUUUUACUAAAGCAAUCUGCUUCUUAAUUUCUUGGCUAAUUAAAUUAUUUUACUUACGAUCCUUCCAGAAGGUCAGUUCGAAUCAAUUUUCCUGCGACAGGUUGCAAAACUGCUACUUUUAUUAAUUCAAAGUUGCAGUUUUAUAACAAAAUGAUCGGCUCAUUUUAUCUUCAGUCUUAAAAUAAGUCUCGUAAUUUUAGACUGAAAUUGUGCGUGAAUCCACGUUAAAGUCAUAAAUGUAGGUCACUUAAAAAUAAAUACGUAAAAAGUAAAUAAAUAAUUGAAUAACAUAAUAGAUAUAAUAAUGAGAUCCAGUUUCACGGAAAAGAGCUGGCGAUCUCUAAAUGUGAUAACUAUUUAAUAGUGAUUAAAUUAUAAUAUGUAAAUUGAGGAUAUAAAUGAAUAGUAUGUAUAUUCACACAUGUAUAGAAUAUUUACAUUUAUAGUUUCCAAAUUGUUUGUAGAAGUGCCAAAUGGUUGUAAAUAACUUUCACAUUUCACGACUGUACGUUUUUAUAUCUCUUCUGUUAGCUAAUUCCUAUGGAUAGCUCGCACCUAGUGCAAGGCCUCCUAUGUAUAUUUACAGUUUCAGUCAGAAAAUUGGAAUUUAUUUGAAAACACCGAAUAAUAAAUAUUGUGUAAAGAGUUUUUGCACCCAAACCUGCCAUGAACUUGUCAAAUCAUUUAAAAUGUGUUCAACAUUCAUCACCGCGAGAAAUCAUCUCAUUAUUUUUGUUCAAGUACCAACUUUUAUUUUGUAAGAGCAAAUCUCCCUUGGCGAUUCCAAGAUUGCACGUCACGUAUAUAUUUAUAUGAGAAAAUGGCUGGAUUCCGCAUGUAUAAGACUUGCCACGAAUCUGGAUCAUGGCGGCGAAUAAACUGACCAUUGUCGAUUAAAUCGUUUACUUUCAAUAUUUUAAAAAAUGGUCAUUCUGAUGCUGCCAUAAAAGUUAUGUACAAUUGAAUGAAAUAGAGAUUAACUAUGUUUAACCUAUAUUAAUAUUUUCAAUAAAAUGUUCGAAUUUUAUGACUAGUGUCUUAGAGGUAAUAAAUGUCCGGUAUAAAAACUGCGGAAGCUCGAAGUUCUAACCCAAUAUUUGAAAAAUUACAAUUUUCCGGAGUAUCGUUUUCAGUGUUUUUAAAUAUUUUCCAUUCAUCGUAAUCGGCGUCUGAGCCAGGAAGUAUAUUUUUGGCUCACCUGUACUUACUUACGACCUAUGAUCUUGCCUCAUCUUUCUUUCUUUCUUUAAUAUCAUUAAUUUUGUAUUACUGUACAUUCAUAGAUUUAUUUGUCUAAUUUUGAAUUGAACCAUUCUAAAUUGUAUAAGUGUUGUUUUCAUGAAUUCAUUAGUCUUGUUUAAAAUGAUUCGCUAACCUACAUCAAUCGAAAUGAUGUUGGAGACUUGUGCUUAAAUGCAGUGCAAGCAUGUACAAACUGAACAUAAUGUGUAAAAAUAUAUUUUAUGAACCGUAA